AGUACGGCGGCCGCGAAGACUGCAGAGAAGGCUGGAAAGACGGCCGCAAAGGCCGCGAAGACGGCGGCCAAGGCCGCCAAGGCGGCGGCGGUGGCAGUAGAGGUGACGGUCGUAGUGGCUGUGGCGAGGACUUCCUAGCCUGUGUAGAGAGAGGCUCAUGUCAAAGGAUGGCACGGUCGCGAUCUCGAUCCCCCAGGUGGAAACACAGGUCUUUAUCACCUCAAUCUAGAAAUUUUGAAUACUAUGAGGAAAGACAUUCUUAUGGACAUUUUAGCUGUGAAUAUAGAAAAGAUCAAAAAAGACCCAUUGCUUGGAGAAUGGGCAGUGAGAAACAAGGACAGAGUAAAUCAAGAAUUCCUCUUCAUGGAAAUUUAUACUACCGAUUUUAUGAAAAAAGGUCACCUUCCCCAAACACAGGAAACUCUUUAGACAAGUUUUAUCCACAUCAGCCUCACCAGGUAUAUUUAGCUGGAAGAGAGGCUGUUAACAGAAGAUCUCAGUAUAUGCCCACAUACUCAGAAAGUCGACCCUACCUAGAGCAUGAGAGGGAUUGUUACCCUCCCCAAAUGCAAGGAAGGUAUAUUCUUGAUGACCAUAGAGUUAGAGAAAGAGAGAGAGAAGGGAAACCACCUCCGAGGUCACCAGCAAAUUCCUUUAGAUUUGAAGGCAAGUGGCAUGAAGAUGAGUUGAGACACCAGGGGAUACAAGAAGAAAUACACUCCCAGUUACCUAGAAGAAGCUCAGAAGACUUGGACACAAGAAGCUCUUUUCAGAAGAGAUAUCCUGAGAAUCAUGAUUUCAGAAAAUACCAAUAUACAUCAAAAAGACCUACAAACAUGGCAAGAUAUGAAAAAAGAGAGCCAGUUAGGAUCCCAAAAUGGAAGCUUGAGCCAUCUCUACUUUACCAAGAGAGGAAGGAUCAGCGGAGUUGUAGACUGCAAAAUCACCGAUGUGCUGAAGGGGAAUACCCAGCAACCAGUACAGCAACUAAAGUCUCCUAUGACUAUCGACACAAACAUCAUAAGCUCUCAGAUGGUGACCAAGACUUCCCUGAUGGGAGAACUCGGAAGUACUUGGAAGAAGACAGAAAAUAUAGUUCUCAAAAGGGCCUUGUAAAUAAGUUAAAUUGUUUUACUGCUGGAAGAGGGAGGGAGACUGAAAAUGAGCAAAUCAGAGAGUCUUUUAAGCCAUCUAAGAAAGACUGUGUUACCUAUACUAAUUCAAAUAAAAAUGGUGAUUUGAGGCCCUAUAAUGACAGAUGGAAGAGGAAAAUGAAUCAAGAGGAUGGCAGAAAAGAGAGCAACUCUUCCAGUAACCAAUCUGACACAAGCCAAAGCCUUUCUGAUGGCAACAACUCAUCAGUUGGGAAUAAAUCCCUUACAAUUCAACUAGCUGUGAAGAAAACAGUAGAUGCAAUCAGGGCUGCCUCUAGCUAUUCCACAGAGAGACAGAUGUCUCAUGAUUUGGUUGGCAUGAAAAGUGAGAACUUUCAUCAUUCAGUGUUUGAACAUCUUGACUCAACUCAGAAUACUGAAAACAAAACUAUAGAAGAAUUUGCUCAGGAAAUCAUAACAAUAAUUCAUAAAAUGAAAGCAAAGUGUUCUCUAUCACCUGGCAUGACUCUCCAUGAACGUUUCUCAAAAAUGCAAAAUAUGCAUGAUGCAGAUGUAAAUGAAACUCAAUUUAAUUCAGAUCCAGAAAUUCACAGGAGAAUAGAUAUAUCUUUGGCUGAACUUCAGAGUAAACAAACUAUGGUAUAUGCAUCAGAUCAGACUCUGGUCAAAAUAAUAGACCCAAAUGACCUACGACAUGACAUUGAAAGAAGGAGAAAAGAACGGUUACAGAAUGAAGAUGAGCACAUUUUUCACAUAGCUAGUGCUACAGAGAGGAAUGAUCAAUGUACCAGUUUUUCAACGGUGAAGACUUUUCAUGCUGAUGGAUUCCAAAAACCUCCACAUUUUAGAAAAUCAGAUUUUAGAAAAUUCAUUCAGAAACCAUAUGUAAACAACUCUGUAGGUAGCAGAUUCCAGCCCAAUAACAAAUCAGACCUAGUACAGAAGAGCCUAUGUAUUCAGGCUAAAUAUCAGCGUUUACGGUUUGCUGGUCCAAGGGGAUUUAUCACUAACAAAUUCCGAGACAAACUACUGAAAAUAAAAAAGUGUUAAUAAUGUAAGAUCCUAAUAAAAGGAAUAUACAAACGUUGCCACAGAAAUCUAACCUGGAAUUGUUGCAGGCGGAAUUGCACUAUAGGAGGUCAUUUUGGAGCAUAUCUCUCUCUCUCUCUCUCUCUCUCUCUCUCUCUCUCUCUCUCUGUCAGGAGUUAGAAAUAACACUAAGGCACUAGUACUGUAACUUUCUUGAUAAAAUAACUAUUUUUCAGUAGUGGAAUGCUGCAACUUUUUUACACUUAACUGCUGUUAAUCACAAUAUUCAAUUUAAAACUUGUAUUUAACUACAAUUUCUUUUGCAAAAAGACUCAGUAGAACCACUUGAAAGACGUUGUUGCAUUUUUCUCUGAGCAUGGUUCCUUUCAGAGAACUUAACUAAGUCAUAUCUAAAUGUUUAUAUGUUGAAAGCUUUGUUAAUAUAAUAAAAAUGAGUAUAGGAAUUAUAUAGUGUCUGUACAUGAAAGAACUUUAAACAGUGGCCUUACAGUAGCAAAUUUUAUACUGGUCUUUCUUUUUCUGAUGACAUUUUGGCUUCUAACUUGAAGUUUUCUUAUUUUUUUGAAGAUCAAGCCCUAUGUAAUUCAUACAUUUCAUAGUACAAUAUAAGAAGGCUAGACAAAAGGUGCUUCAACUUUUCCAUCAGGUAGUUGUGAGUGCACUGAAGUUUUAGUAAUACGUUCAGUUUUGUUUUUUUUUUUUUUUUUCCCACAACUAUUUGCUCUUUUCCAGUGUGAAAAUGCUAUUGUGGAAAAUAUAUAAAGAUUUUUUAAUCUAUACUCCAUCUUAUUUUUCCCUCAGGGCAAGCUUGUGUAUAACAUAUUUUUAAAGGCUUUUAAAAUCUGACAUACAAAAUCACAUAUUUGAAAAAUAUACUUGACUACUACAUCAUUACACACUUCACAAGCAUAUCUUACAGUACUUAUUUUCUAUUCAGUUGAUACACAUUGCAAACCUACUACAUGUAAGAUAGGAUUGAUGGGAUUUUAAAUACAAUUUGUAGGUCCCAGUACCUUAUUUCUUCGUUUGCUGUGUUCUGCUUAACAGUCCAUAUACAUUCCCUGUUAAAUUUUUGUGAAAUGUUUAUUUGUAAGAAAAUAAAAAAUUGUUGUUCUUUCUGCUUGAAGUCAUUACUUGA